AAAGUAUAGACCUUAGUCAAAAUGAAAAAUUAAGUAGAAUAGUGAUUGAUGGACGAAAUAAUGAACGUUUUUUUGAAGAUAAUAGCUUUACUUUGCUAAUUAAAGAGAUACAGCUUAAUGGAACAAAUUAUUUAAAGGAUCAAGCCAUUAUACCAUAUUUCUUAGUCGAAGAUAAGAAAAUAGAUCAAUUAGAAGCCGAAGUUGCAAGUUUAAAACAAUCUCUUGCCCAAAAAGAUGAAACCAUAGCACAAAAUGAUAGAACCAUAGUCGAUUUAAAUAAAAAGAUUCAACAAACACCUACACUUGAUCAAUUUCAAGAACUAAAUAAUAUAGCUUUGGCUUGUUCUGAUCUCGAUUUUGAUAAACUUAAACAAGAAGUUAAAAGACUCAAAUUGAAAGAUUUUAAUCCUUAUUUCAGAGAACAAAAAGACUUCUUUGAGCAGUUAACAACUACAACCAAAGAUAAAGCAGGUGAUAGUUUAUGUGCUAUUUUGGAUCUUCUCUUGCAGGCCAACAAACAAAUUAUUGAAUCUAAAAAUGAGAGCGAUAAUUCUUUUACUCAAGGGCA